AUGGACCCUGGGAGGAGCAGCAACGGCGGCUACCCGGCAGUGCCCACGCGUGUCGCACAAAAGCUCGGCAGUGGCACUGUCAUCUCAAUACCCGUCCGGACCCAUAGCGGCGCCGGCGCAUUCGCUCGCAAGAAUGCCGCCGCCGCCAAGCUGGACAUGACGGCCCCGCACCCGCAACUGCCCGUCGAUGCACUGUCCUUGGCCGGCAGCACGCCGCCCAGCAGCCCGACCCUCGAUGCCUGUUCUUGUCCAACCUCCAAAGACGUGCACCACCUCUCGUUGCCAGCCAUCUCCAUUGCCGAGCCCGACCACCCACCCCAACUGGACCUCAUCCAAAUGGAAAAGGAGGUGACCCUCGUCGUCCUCCGGGUGGGUCGCGACGGCCACGACGACGAGGACUCGACAGCCAUGCACACCCAAACACAAGACCUGCCUUUUCGGAAACAUAAUCGCGGCAUUGGCUCAAUCGACUCGAUCCUUUCGUCAACCACUUGUGUCAACACCCACUCCGAGUGCAGCCGUUCAGAGUCCCGACUAUCCCGCGGCAUUCGUUCCGAGUGCGACGAGGGGUACGAAGCCGUGCGAUCCCACGCCCGCCAUCUCCACGAGCAGGCGAACAGGUAUGUGUCUAGUUGCCGGAAACCUGCCGAUAUCCUAUGCGACGUGGGCUUACCUCAAUGGCGACGCAGCAUAUCGUCAGAUGACCUAUCAAGCACUCUAUUGUUUAGUAACGAUACGGCCGACGCGGAGGAGCAUGAUAUCAAUGACAGCUCUGUUGAUGAAAUUGGACCUGUCGACGAGUCCGACCUGAUCUCCAGCUUGGUGCUGAGAAACGCGUGGGGCAAAGACCUGGGUGAUUGUGCUGCGCCAUUGCUGGUUCAGGAUUGCACGUACAGAUACACCCAAGAGCUCUGGGCUGCCGCCCAUGAAGGGAAUCUUGGGUUCAUCACUGCCACUUCCCACCAAACCUCGCCGUCUGACGGUAGCAAUGGCGGACAGAGCCCAGAGAAGGACGGCCAACAGGCCCCGAACAACAACGCAAAUGGAAGGGGCAAGCGGAAAGCCGAAGGAAGCGACGAAGGUGGGAGCGACCGCGGAGGCUGGGCUGGCGAGGGGGGAGAUGGCCGUGGCAUGUCUACGAGCUCCCAGGGCGAGAGUACCAGAGCGAGCAACGUCUCUAACCUCAGCUGCCCUUAUCGGAAACGAAAUCCCCUCAGGUUCAAUGUGCGGGAUCGCUACGUCUGCGCCACCCACUCCUUUGCCGACAUGUCGCAGCUCAAGAAACACAUCCGUGCUCACCAUCCCCCAGUUCAGAGGAACUCCGGGCCUUUCCUUUGUCCGCGGUGCUGCCAAGGAUUUCCCUCUAAGGAUGAAUUCGACAUCCACCUCAGACAGCCGGUUGUCUGCCGCCUAGCAGAUGGCCAAGACGGCACAGACCCUGAGGAUGGCAUCACGCAAAAGAUCAUCUCGUCGUUGGAGGCGAGGAGCCAAAAGGCAAAGAUAGACAACUGGACAUCGCUGUGGAAGCUCCUGUUUCCCAACGACCGCAAAGUCCCGGACGCAGCGUUUGUGCCUGUCAUGGAAGUGUUCGAUUUUGUGGCCGAAUCCAAAAAGUUCCUCGGCCAACUGAAAGACCUCCUCGAAAUACAGUAUCGCUAUGUCCUCGAGGAUACAGCGCCGCCGUCCGACAUCGAGCUCAAAGUCCACCAAGGCCUGGAGAGAAGUACGCAGUCGCUAUACACUUGGAUCGAAACCGUUGUCCAGGACUGGGAGCAAAGGAUUUCGGGCACAGUGUCCUCGUUCUUUCCCAAUGGCGCAACAAACACAGCCGCCAGGACGGACAAUUGGGCUGGGACUUCUCAACUCCUCCCUCCGUCUCCCACUCUGCCGCCAGCAGUGGUGCCUGUUGAUACGAGUACAUUUAGUGCCAUGCCUGGUGGCGACCUCCCAGCGGCCGCUCCUAGGAGGCAGAUCAACCCCAACCCCAAACGAACGAAAAGGGCCAACGUCCCUGUCAAGAUUCAGCCGUCGACUCAAAUACCGGUGCCGAUACAAAGAGCAGGGACUCCGCAGUCGCAUGCAAGGACUGUCGCCCCCAAGCGAAGCCAAGUGACGUUGUCAACACAGCCGGCCGAACACGCAAUGCCACACUCGGCACAAAGCCAUGAGUCGAGGUCGCCAUUCCACCAGAGCUGGGAGUCCUCCCCUGUCGCAGUUCCGGUCACAUACGGCAUGACGUACCACAGCCAGACGGUCUAUCAGCCUCCUGGCACUCCGCAUUACCCACCUUCUGGGCACAAUCCGAACACGCCGUCUUUUUACACGCCGGAGUCGGGCAUCGAAGUGGAGGGUGGUCAUGAUGCUGAACUGGAGCAAGUGCCCGCGAUGGAAAGUCGAAUGAUGAUGGCCGCGACGCCCCGGUCGUCAGCUGCAUGGAUUCGAGACGAAAACCGCGAUUCCAGUCAGACGCUUGUUGAAGCUCACCCGGCUGGCCGAUGCUCCAACAUAUACUGUCCAGGCUGCAGCAAGACCAUACCAGAAGAACUAAUGGUUGGAUAUGGGCAACAGCAGCAGCAACAACAAUCGACACGGCAAGGCGAUCACAUAUUCCAUGCGCCACAGCCAUCUUUCAGCGGAGUGGACGUGCCUUUCACAGAAGCACAGGUUGCCUGGGCCUUUCAGGCCCACAGUCAGAACCCGGGAGAGGAGCCAGGGAGCCACCUGUUUGGCUCUAGGCAGGAGGAAUACUAAUUUUGCCGGACCCAAUCACGACUGCUCCACGAGCAAUGAACGACAUGACUGGUUAAAAGUGUUUGGAUUGUAUAAUUAACAAGGCCUUGUGUUGCAUACAUGGCUACAGGAAAGACGGAAAAAGGCAGAGCCGGGGCCCUCCCGGGCACCUUGUAAUGUAAUGUAAGAUGAUGCAUGACUGUUUGAACUUUAUGUACAAGUAUGUUUGUUUAGACUUUUUUGUAUUUUUCUAGUUUAAAUUCUCAGCGGUGGGAAUGGGGGCAUACAGUACAUGCAGGAUUUUGAGCGUUGAAUAGGUAAUUAGCAUGUAGCAGAGCAGCUGUUUACAAUACCACUUUCUGUAAAAUAAGAGGAUGGAACUGAAAGCUCGGGUAUUCGGCUCCCCCAGAUCAGCCUAGGCUACAACACUACGGGAUGUCCAACUCUACGCACUUUCUGGGGGACGGGUUUUGGGCUUUACUCUUCUAAUGAC